AUGAAAAUUGCCAUAGAAGGAUGUGCUCACGGCGAGUUGGAGAAGAUCUACGAUUUGAUAGAAUCAAUACAGCAGGAGCAGAACAUUACGGUCGAUCUGUUAAUAUGUUGCGGAGACUUUCAAUCUACUCGUAAUUUGGCGGAUUUACAGUGCAUGGCAGUUCCUCAAAAACAUUUGGACAUGUGCAGUUUUUACAAGUAUUACAGUGGCGAAAAAAGGGCUCCAAUUUUAACGAUCUUUAUUGGUGGAAACCACGAAGCGUCGAAUUAUCUACAAGAGCUACCUUACGGCGGGUGGGUAGCACCUAACAUAUACUACCUCGGAUAUGCUGGCGUGGUAAACUGCAGCGGCAUUAGAAUUGGGGGCAUUUCAGGUAUCUACAAAGGUCACGAUUUUCUCAAGGGUCGUUUCGAGUUUUCCCCUUACGAUGAGGCCACCAAACGCAGCGUGUACCAUCAGCGUCAGAUCGAUGUGUUUCGAUUGAAGCAACUAUCGCCAAAGGUAGACAUCAUGCUCUCACACGACUGGCCACGAGGUAUUACAAAUUAUGGCAAUGAGACGCAACUGCUUCGCUUCAAGCCUGCCUUUCGCGAGGAUAUUGAGAGCAACCGUCUGGGGAGUGCGCCGUGCGAAGAUUUGCUGCAGAAACUUAAACCACCCUUCUGGUUCGCUGCCCAUUUGCACUGCAAAUUUGCUGCUGUAGUAGCUCAUUCUGAAACAGACACGACAAAAUUCCUAGCACUAGAUAAGUGCCUGCCAAAAAGACGGUUUCUUCAAAUUCUUGAUAUCCCCACGAAUGACGAUGGGAAAAAGAAGGAGGACGAUCAGUUGAGACUAAAAUACGAUCUCGAAUGGCUUACGGUACUGAACCUAACAAACCACUUGAUUAGCAUUCGUGCUUCAAACGGCUACAUGCCCGGUGAGGGUGAUGCAGAACGGGUCAAUUUUACUCCAACCGCAGAGGAAAAAGCCAAAGUUUUAGAGCGAUUCGGUAAUGAUCUGACAAUCCCGUGCAAUUUCGUGCGAAUUGCCAAACCGUAUCAGCCCGACCAAGAGUCAAUGGAUAUGCGAUCGGUAGAACAACCGCAAGCUUUUCUCAACCCGCAAACCACAUUAUUUUGCGAUAAGUUGAACAUUGACGAUCCUUUAAGGCUCGCCAUGCUAAUGACGGGGCACCAGCUCAACACGUCCACCUAUGUCGAUCAACAGCCUGCGAUAGAUGAUGGGACUAAAGAAAAGUCACCUACCAAACGAGGGUCGAAUGAAGACGAGCUGGAUGUUGAGGAUGAUGACGAUGACGUGGAUGAUGAUGAGGGACAAGGGUCGAUGAAAACGCUGGAUAUCACACCACUGCAACCGAAGUUAUCCCUUUCUGAUGUAUUGCCCCAACCAAAGUGGAGGGAACACGAUUCGCACGAUACCGAUUUGUCGACGACGUUGGACGAAUCGACGAAUCUUUCCACGUCAAACUGCAGCGUUUUGAGUCUUCCGACACCGCAAAAAACGGACGAUAAAAACCCACCAUCCUGCCUCGAAUCAAGCCUCACCGUUAACGAUCUCAAUCUGUCUAGUCCAGUGCAACUUGACGUGGAAAAAAACGAGGAUCAGAAAAAGACAUCGGAAGCACAUUUACUGGACAAUCCACCAGUGAAAAAAUUCAAAAGACGAAAUGAAACAAUAUACUCUAAAGAAGAUAGCGAUUGAAGUCAGCCGCGUGUAAGGUAAGCUUAAACGACAAAAGUAAUUGUGUACUCUUGUAAACGGGCACAUAUUUUUAACUAUAAUGCAAAUGCAGCACGCUGCACUGUUUGAGCUGAAUUCAGUCAACUGUGCAAUAACGACGAAUAAAUAAAGCUAGAAAUGGAGAUAACCACAACAAAAUAGUCAA